UCCGCCGCCUCAGCGCAUCACAGACAACCGCACCUGACAGCCUGCCAGGUUACGGGGGGGAAAACACACGCCAUCCAAGGAGAAACCAGACCUGCUGAAUAUCCACCAGCCAGCCGUCAUCCGCAUCCACCAGAGAUGACAGCGUAACCGGGGCUGUUCAGAUAACCCCCCACCCCCCCACUCCCCCUGCUCCUCCUUCUCCUCCCCGGCCCCCACUCCCACCCCAACACACACGGCCGCUUUUGUUGGAACGGGAUCUGUUGGGGACUGGACAUGAAUUCGGCGGAACAGACGGUUACGUGGUUGAUUACGCUCGGGGUGCUGGAGUCGCCAAAGAAGACCAUCUCGGAUCCCGAAGCGUUCCUGCAGACCUCCCUGAGAGAUGGGGUGGUGCUGUGCAGGCUGCUGGAGCGGCUCAGCCCGGGCUCCACGGAGAAAAUUUACCAAGAACCGAAGAACGACGGCGAGAGCCUGAGCAACAUAAAGGAGUUCCUCAAGGGCUGCGCGUCGUUCCGCGUCGAGCCGUUUGAGGCCAGUGACCUGCUGCUAGGACUCAACUUCUCCAAGGUGCUCAGCAGUCUGGUUUCCCUGAGUAAAGUGACCGCGGAUAUCGGCGUGGGCAGUGACUCUGUGUGCGCCCGACACUCUUCAGCCCAUCGCAUCAAGUCUUUUGAGUCGCUGUCCUCUCAGGCUUCACUGGGCCGGUCCUCUAAGCUGCUGCAGAACCAGUUUCGCAGUCUGGACAUGUCAGAAAACAGCGGGCAGCAGCUCCUGGUGAGGGCGCGCUUCAACUUCCUGCAGAACAACGAAGAUGAGCUCACCUUCGACAAGGGUGACCUCAUCGGCGUGAUUCGCCAGGAGGAGGGCGGCUGGUGGGAGGGGAUAAUCAAUGGCCGGACUGGGUGGUUUCCUAGCAACUAUGUCCGAGAGGUCAAGGGUUCUGACAAACAAGUGUCCCCCAAGUCAGGCACUCUCAAGAGCCCCCCCAAAGGCUUUGACACAUCCGCCAUCAGCAAGACGUACUAUAACUUGGUGUUGCAGAACAUUUUGGAAACCGAGACCGAAUAUUCCAGAGACCUUCAGAGCCUCCUGACCAACUACCUUCGCCCCCUUCAGAGCAUCGACAAACUGAGCAGCUCAGACGUGGCUCUGAUUCUGGGAAAUCUCGAGGAGAUCUGCACCUUCCAGCAGAUGCUCGUCCAAUCGCUGGAGGAGUGCACCAAGCUUCCAGAGACCCAGCAAAGGGUGGCAGGCUUCUUCCUCAACCUCAUGCCACAGAUGAAAGCUCUUUAUGUCGGUUACUGCAGCAACCACCCGUCUGCAGUUAGUUUGCUUACCCAACACAGUGAGGUGUUGGGGGAGUUUAUGGAGGGGCGAGGUGCCGUCCCUCCCGGGAUUCUCACCCUGACCACAGGCCUUAGCAAACCCUUCAUGAGACUCGACAAAUACCCCAACUUGCUCAAAGAGCUUGAGAGGCACAUGGAGGAGAGUCACCCCGACCGACCGGACAUUCUGAAGUGCAUGGCGUCCUUUAAGAAUUUGUCUGCUCAGUGCCAGGAGGUGCGGAAGCGCAAGGAGCUCGAGCUGCAGAUUCUCUCCGAGUCCAUCCGGCUGUGGGAGGGGGACGACAUCAAGACCCUGGGCUCUGUGCUCUACAUGAGCCAGGUGUUAGUGCAGAGUCCUGGAUCAGAGGAGAAGAGUGAGCGUUACCUCAUGCUCUUCCCUCACGUCCUCCUCAUGUUGUCUGCGAGCCCCAGGAUGAGUGGCUUCAUAUUCCAGGGAAAGUUGCCCCUGGCCAGCAUGUCAGUGACCAAACUAGAAGACUGUGAAGCACAUAAAAACGCCUUUGAGCUCAACGGUACACUGUUUGACCGUCUCCAGGUGGUGUGCACCAACCAACCGGACCUGCAGGACUGGGUGGAACAUCUGACCAGACAGAUCCGACAUACUGCAUCCAUAGGACCCAGCCACAAACCUCUCACUGUUCCCUGCCACACGCUCCCGACUCACCCUCUGACCCCGUCCCGGCAUUCUGAGGGGAGGGGCAUGACCGUGGCCCCCACGUACCACACCCUGCCUCACCCCUCCUCCCACGGAACGCCUCACAGCACCAUGAUGUGGGGACCAUUGGAACCACCCAACACCCCCAAACCCUGGAGCCUGAGCUGCCUGCGGCCUGCCCCCCCUCUGCGACCCUCUGCAGCCCUCUGCUACAAGGAGGAUCUUAGUAAAAGUCCCAAGAGCGUGAAGAAGCUCCUUCCCAAGCGCAAGCCUGAGAGGAAACAGUCCGAGGAGGAAUUCGCCCUGAGGAAGAGUACUGCUGCGCUUGAGGAAGAUGCCCAAAUCCUGAAAGUUAUUGAAGCGUACUGCACCAGCGCAAAAACCAGACAAACUCUUAACUCCACCUGGCAGGGCACCGACUUGAUGCACAACCACGUGCUGGCCGACGCGGACCGGUCCUGUAUGGACUCGCCGGGCCGCCGCAGCAGCGUGUCAAGGCCGGAAUUGUCCUCUGACCUUUCCGAGGACUCUGACUAUGACUCCAUCUGGACCACCCACAGUUACAGGAUGGGCUCUGUGCCGCGGAAGAGCUGGGAAUCGGAGCUCCUUGUGAUCGUCCCCGGCGAGAGGAAGAUCCUGGUGGAGGAUCCCCGUCGCAAUGGACAAAGUACUAUAGAAGAAAAGAGCCUGGUGGACGUGGUGUACGCCCUGAGGGAGGAGGUUCAGGAGCUGAAACAGGAUAACAAGAAAAUGAAGAGGUCACUGGAGGAAGAGCAGAGAGCACGGAAGGAUCUGGAAAAAGUGGUGAAGAGGGUGUUAAAGAGCAUGAACGACCCAACAUGGGACGAGACCAACCUCUGACAAUCGUGUGCACCAUUUCCAUCUGCAGCUUGGAAAAGAAAAAGAAAGAGCGCGAACAUGUGUGGUCAUGCUUGUUGUGCGCGUCUAUGUAUGUGUGUGCGUGUGUGUGAGAGAAAGAGUGUGAAGCGCACACAGUCACACACAUCAUUUCAGGUUGGUUGUGAGUGAGAGAACGAGUGAAUCUGCAAGCUGUGAACUGUGUGCUUGUUUGAGAUGGAUGUGUGCGUUCGCUGUACGAGGAGUGUCGUCACAAAGGACAAAUCUCACUCUUGAGCGUCUACCGCCACGGUAACAUUCCCACUCCAGCAAAGAUGGUGAGGAGAUUACACACAGAACCCUCGGUGUGUCCACACCUUCAGCAUCCAUCAGCGGUGUCCUCUGCAGUAAGACGGGUAGAGAGGACAUACAAUCAUUUUAACAGUGAACUGUCCAAUGGUACAUACAUGCACGUCUGAACUUAAAUCAUACCAUUUCAUAACCUCUUCUGUGUUAUUUAAUUUUGUUUGAAUUGAUUUUUCCAUUGAUUGUUCCAUCUUUCCCUGGCACACGUUUAGCUCGGUGUUUUAUAAAGAUUGCUGCAGAAAACUCAUUUUUAUUGUAUUUUUGUCCUCUUUGUUGUUUGACCACUUUGCGGUAUGACUUUCCUUCUAGGGACCAAUUGUACAGAUAUUGAAGUUGUACUGUAUAAUUUAAAUACUGCUAAAGAUGAGCCUUUGUCCUUUGGGAAAAAUAAACGUGUUAUUAAAAGAUCGA